AUGGUUGGAAGUAAGGGAAAUAAUAAUUUUGGGGGAAAAAGAAAUCGUACACGUGAUAGUAAAAAUUUAUCUACUCAAAAAAAAGAAAUGGAUUCCCAACAAAAAGAUAAUAAAAAUAUUGAAAAUAUUAUUCAUUCCUAUUAUACAAGAUCUUUUUCUUUUGGUUUUAAAAAAUUUUACAUUGAUUUGUAUAAUUUUGAGGAUGGUAAAGUAAUGAAACUAUCUGAAGUCUUUGGUGAUAAACAACGUAUAUCUAUUCAUGUCCCAGUAAAUGCUUUAGAGAUGCUUAUACAAAAACUUGAUAUAUUUAAUGAUUAUCAUAAUGAUACUCAAUCUAAUCAUGAAUCAUUACAACAAACAAUUGUUUUUAAAGGGCAACGUUUUGCAUUAUUAUAUGGUUCCAAUGAUAAAGGACCUAUUGUUAUAAUAUCUCAAGUAUCAAAAAUGGCUGGAACACAUGCUCAAAUAAAAAUAAAUCCAAAUAAUUUACCUAAAUUUAUUAAAGAGCUUACAGAAACAUUGGAUGAUAUUAAUCCUGAAAAUAUAACUAGAAAUACAAUUCAUUAUCCUUGUUCUGGUAUUGUUGAAUGUAAAAAUGAACCUAAAACAUUUUUCAUUGAUCCUGUUGUUAGAGAAAAUGAAAAAUGUAUAAGAAUUUCACAAUUAAAAUUAAGAGAAUCAAGUAUAAUGAUGAAUACAAAUAUUCAUAUACCAUUUGAAGACUUAAAUGAAUUUAGAGAUUCUCUUAUUCAAGUUAUUGAAGAAUUAAACAAUUUUAAACCUUAA